GUCAACCCGGACUCAGGUUGCGCCUGCGCUGGACAUUCUCUUCUUCUUCCAAUUCAAUGUUCUUCUCUUCGUCUUGAGUGUCUUGAGCAGCCUCUCCUUUAGCCACGCAGAUUUUCCCUUCUCGCAUUCCUUUGCUCUCGGAGCACCGUAUUGCAUCACUCCUCGCGGCGCGAGGUGUGGAAUGUUGGUUAAUUUCAAUUCUGUCGAAUCAUUCGUCCCUCCACCCUCAAAGUCUGUCUGUUAGCACGUUUCUGCCGUGUCUGUCGCCAAUGGUGAGCGGUGUUGGGCUUGCGAAUCAUUCCAUCUGCGUCAGAGCUCCAUGACAACAUAAUUCUUCUGCCACAAGACUAUGGACGACGCUCAUGCCCACCCCCAACCACCGACGCCCACCCUCCACGUCCGCUCAAGAUCAAUCCCGCCGUCUUUGCGCGAGUAUCCUACAAGUCACACAACACCAAAGUCUGCCCCUCACACUCGACAGCAGAGGCUCCUCCAGACUCGUCAUGCGAAGUUCUCGGCCCAAAGACUCUCAGUCAAUGGCAUCAGCGUCCCAUUUCCAUCGUUGACCCGCUCUGCCGAGAACGACUCUCCUUAUUUUCCUUCACCACGAUUUAACAGACGAGAAGAGAAUGGCAAUGAUUCGAACAAGGCCGAGAAACUGAGCACUGUGUCCACAGAAUCUGCCAUUCUGGCUGAGAUCUCGAAUGCCAAUGCUUGCCGCAUUCGAGGAUUGAAAAAGCGUGCUGCUAUACCCGUCUUUCAGGAUUCACCGGAGAAGCCCACAGUCCGUGACACGGGAGCCAACACACCGUCUGUCUACCACGACGCAUCCAGUGACAUCCAUCCACCUUCGGUUCCCAGUUCUUUGCAAGAAAGUCCGACCAACAUGGGUCUUAGAGAAGUCUCGGUCAACCUUCAGAGGCCUUCGCCUCGCAAAGAUUCGCCAUAUUAUCGCCCUCCGCGUUCUGGGUCAAAUCGUAAAGCAUCUCAGACAAAGCCCAGGUUCAAUUCGGAAGAGUACAUAGAGCACAUCGAAAAUGAGUUAAUGAUGGUAAAGGACGCCAUGUAUUCACCGACAACUCAUAUGCCCUGGAAAGAAAAGCUCCGCAAAGCAAAAGAAGAGAACGAUCGUCUGAAGAAGGAGAUGGAAGCCAUCCGGGCCUCGUUUGAAUUCGAACUUCAUGAAACCGUCGAACGGUCUGCGGAGACGGAGCUGAAGCUGAAGCGCAGGAUUAAGGAUCUGGAAGAUGAGGUCGAACUUAAGAAGUCGGUAAUCCACGAUCUAGAAUGCGAUCGCGAGGAGAAGAGAGCGGAUCAAAAUGCUUUGGAAGUCCUAAAGGCGAGAAUUGAGAAGCUCGAAGACGAAAGAUUUAGCCUGGAAACCACAAAUCGUGACAUGACAAAACGCAACGAGGUGUUGACCCAGCUCCUGGCCUUAUCACCGACAAAAGCUCAACCCACCGUUGGCAUUCCUACGCCCAGGCGCAAAAGCGGCCGUCCUAUGUCGCUCAUCAUCCCAAGAUUGCCGACAUCUCCAGUGCUUCAAACCUCUCAGAGCAGACCCCAGUCAAUCGUCGCAUCUCCAGCACUUGCGGCCUCUGACUACUUCGCAGGACAUUUCCCAUCGUCACCAUUGUCGUCGAGUCCAUUUGACAUCGCUACCCGCUCCCCGGAAGCUAUAGAUGAGAGGCACUCGAUCGACUCCGUGCUGGGCGAAACAGAUCCGCAAGUGGGCCACGGAACUGAGUCGAGACGGUCGACGCUCAUUUCUAGUUCUUCAACCAGCCCAAAUGUGCCUAUUGGAGGUCACACGCGAGCAGAAAGCCGCUCGCAAACAGUCCUGAGGCAUCCUUCAAAGAGGAGACCUCGUAAAUUCAUGCCGGGAUCUACCCAGUUGAAGCCAUUGCUCUUACCAACCUUCACUGCGGAAAAUGGUAACCUUCCUUCAACCUCGCCGAUCAUGUCGCCUACUCGACCACUCCCCGUCCACAUGAAGUCUGAGAUAACCACAUCUGAUCCACCUUCUCUUCCACCCGCGGUUGUUACACACUGCUUGGAGACUCCAUUUCCGAGUCCAGAAAGUGCGAAUGGUCGACCUGGACCGGCUUAUCAAAGCCUGGACGAAGUCUUUGCCAGUGAUGAGCAACAUUUUCAGCCAGAGAUUGUGGAAGAGCCCAUCGCCGAUCUUUCAUUUUCAAGCCAUAUGACGCAGUAUCGAACUCCCGUCCAGAACGGUAAGAUUCAGUUAACCAUUGAACCAUGCUCCAGUCCACAGAUCAGAUCCUGGGUCUCACAGACAAUAUCUUCGCUGCCCAGGGAUGUGCCAUGCCAGUCCCCUCACAACGGCUUUUCCGUGGCUGGAGUACUGAGUGAAAAGAGCCAGGACAUAGCCGGAAAUUGCAAGGUUUUCAAUCACGAGGAUAUUGCCUCCGACCUGGAGACUCUAGACGCAUUACAAUACCGGGAUAAUGUCGAAAUUCCUCGUCCAUUGUUCUCAAAACAUCGAAUCCGCGGCGGAGGUUACUCGUCUCCCUUUACUAAUUACCCUGACUCGCCACUUAAUCCUCGGAAGCGCAGGAAAACAAGCUCAAUAUACGAGCCGCACGGCACAGAAGCUGACGUUGUCGGGGAUGGACCCCUCAACACCCAGAUGUGUCCGCCUAGUUGCCCUGGAGCCGUCACACCUUGCUCUGUCACCGAACAGAAGGGCAAAGGGUCUAUGGACGAACCCUCCACCCUUCCUAAGAAGCCAGCGACCAUCCCAACACGCACCCCUCUUGAGAUGCUCCAGCAUCGCAAUAUAGGUUCGAGGCCUUUGGCGACCUUAACGAUCCAGACGGUUUAUGCGACCUUGUCGAGAUACACUACGUAUAUUCAAGGCUUCAAACGAGAUCCACUGUCUCUAGCACGACGGGUCAUAGCAAAUGCCUGGCGUUCAAACUGGGCAAUGUUUGGAAAACUUAGUUGGUGGGUGCUUGGAUUGUUCAUUGGCUACAGGCGGCCACAGCCUGAACAUCAAGACUGGGAUUGGGCCAAGUACGACGGCGAAAGCAUUGCCAAUGAUUGCUGUCUUCACGAUGUCGAUUCUCCUCUCAACAAAGCUUCAAUCCAACCUACAUGCGAGAUAGCUCCCCACCACUCUGGAAACAAGACCGAGGCGGAAGAGAAUCAAGCACGGACUCCCGCUCCUCAAACCACCUCUCUAUCCGGUGAGCCAAAAAGUGGCUGGGGCCGUUCACUGUACCUCUGGGGCAAAUUUAGUGUGGCGAUUAUGCUCGCUGUGGGAGGCGCUAUUGUUAAAGGACCGGCUGAAAUGUUGCGCGACGCUGAUGAACGUAGGAAGUCUAGGAGUAACAGUCUUGUUGAAAAUGCGACAACAACCUGCAAUCCUGGGCGCACGGAAUUCAACAAAGCAAAUGGAGCCAACAAGGACCUCAACGGCUGUCACCAGGGGCACCAAGCCCGCCCGUCGAGCGUCAGUGAGACUCUGGAUGUUGCUCGCAAAGCUCGAAGUUUCAGCUCGCCGCCGAUGUCUCCACCAAUGGAUCUGCGUACAACGCGUGGUGCAAACGAGGAUGUACAGCAUCGAAGACCGUUGACAGAAGGAGUAUUACACGCGUCUGGCAGUCCUACCUUUGGGAAAGAUGUGACUUGUUGGAGUGACGACACUCUGAAACCUGCUAGAAGCGACCGGAAAGGAUUGGACUCGGUCUUCCAAGCCCCAGACCAUGUCAAGUCUCCACCAGACGAAUCUAUUGCUGCAUCCGUCGGACCGCCUGGCAGAGCUGAGAUGACUGGCAAGCAAAGCGCAGUCUAUCCUUCGGAGCAGCACUCGUGAUGUGAAGGAUCAGAAUACUAACAACAUCAUGCAUACUGGAGGCAUUGAGCUCCGUUCUAGCAGCUGACACCUUAAGCGAGGAGAUUGGAAAGAGGAGAGGGCUCCAACUUAUUUGUAUGAUUGAUGACCUGUAUGAAUGGCGCCAAUGCGUAGCGAAGUCGUUUCACUGCAGUUGAACCUGGACUUGAGGACAAGCUAUUAUUAGUUCAGGGAGACGACGAGCGCGUUGAAGAAUGCGGGAUGCGGAAUGAGCAUAUUGAGAUGAAUGAGACGAAUGAUGCAGGCGAUGAAUGAGAAAUCCCAUGGUAUUGUGAUUGGAGUGGACAGUCUUUGAGAACAGACAAGAUUCGCAUCAACGAACACGUCUAUAAUUACUGGCGUACAGACGCCAGGCAUGGCAUUCAAUACCUCCACUUU